CUUUCAGUAUGUAUAAAGAAACAGCAACAAGACUCUUCGCAUAAAUACUGAAAAUUAGAGAUUUAAACACCUUAUACUGAACACAGCUACAUUAGAGAGAUGUAUAAACUUGAUCUCCCGGUGGAUCUCAAAGAAAAUGCGGCMAUUGAGCGAAGGCGUAAUAGAGAAAUGCAGAGACAGAGUCGGAUUUUUAAUGCCCGUGUUCGAACCAUCGGAAUUGAUGUCCARGCUUUAGAAGGGCAAGUCAUGGAUAGGAAAAGGCAAGAAGAAGAAGAAAGAAGAAGACACAAUGCCUUCGCUGCUGACAUGACAAGAAAUGACAAGAUAUGCGCAUUGAUGGAGAAGCGCCAAGAGCAUGAUAUUAGGGAAUUGAAGAAAGAAUUGGUAACAUUUCGUAUGGAGCACCAGCGUCCAGAAGACACCCGUGAAUGGGAUUURAAUGAUCCAGAAUAUCUUAAGAAAGACAAGCCUGCGAGAGUAUCUGAUGAUGACCCAAGAUGUGGUAUCUCCUCUUUACAGAAGUUUAUGGGAGAAGAUUUGAACUCUAAAGACAGAAGUAAAUUACAACAAGAACAAUUGAGGGAGUGGUCUAAGCAGCAGACGGAAGAGAAAAACCAAUCAAAAGCAAAUCAACAAUAUGCUGAUCAUCUUUAUGAACUAAAGGCAAGAGAAAUGGACCAGAGAGCCUGUGAAUUAGCUCAAGCUGAAGAAGACUGCCGUCGUGCAAUCAACAUGGCAACCAAAGAUUUUAAUGAUGCACUUAACAGGGAGAAAAAAACAAAAGAAGAACUUGCAAAACAGCAGGAACAAGAUGACAACUUUACAGAAAUCUCUAAUCAUGUGUUUGGGGAUAUGUUAACAGAAAAUCCCGAUGUUGCCCAGAGUGCAUUUGGAGCUCAYAGAGUCAUUACUGAUAGAUGGAAGGGAAUGAGUCCRGCUCAGCUUGCAGAGAUACGCUACAUACAACAGAAACAGUUGGAAGAAAAAGAGCGACUCAAACAAGAAGAAGAAGAAAAGCACAGAGAAUAUGAAAGACUUCUUCUGACCCAGGCCAAAGCUGGUAUUUUAAUGGAGAGAGAGCUUGAGAGAAAAAGAAAACAACUUGAAAAAGAUCAAGCUUUGGAAAACCUCAGACUUUCAGCUGAACAAAAAGCACAUCAAGAUUAYRUCAACCAAGAAAUCUAYUCAAACCAACCAACAGCAGCUUACUUCAUGCAAUUCAACACUUCAAGUCGAUAAAACUUUUAAAUUUGUACAGAUUUUAUUCACUUAUAUUGAUGUAUAUUUGGUGGUUUGUGAAAUGAAAAAUAAACCAUGUCAAUGGCAA